AUGGAUUUCGAUCCAAACACGGGGCUGCCGUGGGGCACCAGCCCCUUCAAGGCCACGUCCCAGGAAACAUAUGCGCCCGCUUUCGGGCCGUCCCAAUUCGACACCCAGCUGUCCCCCAACGGACUUGGCUCUCAAUUCGGCCACCCGUUUUCGUCCUUUGCCAGCCAUGCCCAGCAGUCCCUCCCCCCGACGCUCGCCUCAUCCAUUGACCCACUGAUCCUGAACCCGUCGGCGUCUCUGCUGCCAUGGCCAGCAGCUGCGGGAGGCUUGGACUUCUCGAUCCUCGAUGGGCCGGGGAGAUACGGCGACGGGAAUCCAUUCGACACGUUUAUGCCCCCCGCGUCGGCGGGGUACGCUUCCUUCGGCGCUCUGGCCCAGCAGCCCGGGGGCGGCGAUGCUUUCGACACGCUCUUCAACUUCGCGACGAGUCCGGCGGAAGAGGCAGAUCCGAUGAAGCUCGGCUCGACCGACUUCGAGAGCAUGCUCGCAAAGAUGAACGGGGUGGCCGUCCAGCAGCCGGCCACCUGCGUGACCCCUCCUCCGGCGACGCCGACCAAAGAAACUAAGGCCCCCCCGGCGCCGCGGAAGCGGAAGCCCCGCAGCGGGUGCGCCCAGACAGCCCUCCGGGCGUCUCCAGAGUCGCCGACCAAGGAGGCCGUCGCGAGGCGCAAACGAAAGCCGGCCCCCGCCGCCCGAGCCUCCCUCACGGGCCCCUCCGAGCACAGCAAUAAUCCCCAGGAGAAUCACCAGCCGACCCCCUUCCAACCCCAAAAUCAUCCCAGCUCUCCGCUGAGGGCUGAGAUAAACACGCCCGCCGGCCUCGGCCCGGCCUCCUUUCCCAACGCAAACCUUCCACUAAACCAGCGCGUCAUCAGCUCGGGACACCAGAAUGUGAUCUAUCCGCGGGACCAAGUUGCCACUGAGUUGGGAACCCGGAUCACCGACAUGAGCCACCGUGAUUACUACCAACUGGCCGGCUUGAUGAAUACCCCAACACGCGUAAGCCAACGUAAUCAACAAGUCUUUGGACCUUUUGCUCAUGCCAUACUUGGGGCUGUUCCAUACCAUACACAGGCGAGCCACCCCACGACUUCCUCCCACUACAAUAUGUCCACCCCGUCGCUUUAUUUCCACGCCUCCGCGGGCCCGGAAGGAAACAAUCAAAGCCCUCUAGCUUCCCGGACUGUCGUCCCCUACAACAGCGCCUUCAUGGCACCCUCAUUCGCUUCCACGCAGCCGAACGCUGGCCCGCAAGCCGGCCCUUUCUCGGACCCGUUCGGCCAACUCCUGCCCCCCUUGCCCAUCUCUCCAUCCCUCAACUCGCCUAACAGAUGCCCUUCCGACGUCGCGCAGCGGUCCCGAGCCCCCGGAGCCAUCCCGCACGCGACAGACGCUGCGUCCACGCUCUUGGCAAGACAGUCUUUGUCCGCCCCCUCCCAGCUUCCUCAUAACGAGUCCGCCAGCCGGACAGACGACAUCCCCGUCUUGAUCCCCGACGCUCCAACCAAUCCCAACCACCACCCAGCCUCUCCGUCCCAACGCGACUCUGUCAGCGGCUUCUCGGCGCGCAUUUCGCCCAAGUCUUCCGUCACUAGCUUCCACACCGACCUGCCCGUGUUCACAGACGACAACACCUUGUUGCCUCGAUACAACAACCCCUUCGCCACUGCUUCCGUCUCCCCCGCCGAGCUCACCGGCAUCCCCGUCUCGCCCGUCUCCUCUGAGCCCCAUAGUACGCCAACAAACCCGGCUUCUCAGACGAGGAAAAGCCUGGGUGUGCCCAAAACUCGAUGGAAAACCUCCGUGCCGGCCGCGAAAUCGGACGCCAAGCCCGCCCUUAAAUCGCUCCGUAUCCACUCUCUCCCCAACACUUCCACCACGCAAUCCAACCCAACCCGAAAAGUUUUGACUAAAAAUCCUCCGACCCCGGCCUCAAGUUCGGCAAUCUUUGUCAACUUCACGUCCAGGGAUUCCAAGAAAUUGCUCAAUGGAGUCGCCCCCAGUGGCAGCUCUAAACGAAAGAAAUCCUCCCAGGACGUCGGCUCGUCUCCUGAUAAGUCCUCCACCACUAAGGACGCCCGGUCCCCUCCUGAUGAUGUUCUUGGCGAUCCGGUCAAGAAAAGGAGACUUCUCAGCAGCUCUCCUUAG